GUGUUUUUUUCCUGCAGGCUCCCUGGACAGACAGAGUUGUUGGAAUAGACAGAUGUUGCAGCUGUUUCCAGCAGGCCUCCAUAUUGCUAGAGGUCGAGAGAAGAGAAAGGGUCCCAUGCUCUCUGCCGGUGAUGCCGAGUUCCCGCGGGAUUACCACACCCUGGCUGCCGGCAGUGGCCGCGGGGCCCGGCGGUUCGCCGACAACAGCAACGGGGGCUUCACCUCGUCCUCCCUGGACCGCCGGCACAACUCGGUGGCUGCCAAGAGCCUGGAGGCGCUGAACAGCAUCCACAAGGCGGACAUCGAACGCCAGAGAGACGCCCUAAUGGACCUCCAGAAGAACAAGUACACCAACAGUCCGGGCAGCCUGUCGCAGGGAUCCGUGCCUGCAGGACGACAGCAACAACCAAACUACUGGAGCUUCAAGUCUCGCACUCCUCGUGUGACUCGACUCAGUCCACCACAGCCGGCUCUCGCAGAUCAGGCCAACCGGGUGUCCUUUGCGUCGGCUGAGAAUCUGGAGACCAUGUCGGAGCCUGACAUCCCCAUCGGCUUCAACAGGAUGAACCGGCUCCGCCAGAGUCUGCCGCUGGCUCGCUCGUCCAGCCAGGCUAAGCUGAGAGCUCCAGGGAUCUUGUUCCUGCAGCUCGGGGAGGAGACCCGCAGGGUGCAUUUGACCCACGAGCUGACCAGCCUGGACACUCUGAGGGCGCUCAUUGUGCACAUGUUCCCACAGAGACUCACCAUGGCAAUGCUCAGGUCUCCCAGCACGGCGCUGCUGAUCAAAGAUGAGACCCGUAAUGUCUUCUACGAGCUGGAGGACCCACGGGAUGUUCAGGACCGCUGCGUAAUUAAGAUUUACUGCAAAGAGCCGAUCUAUGGCACCUACCCCGGACACCACAACCCACACCUGGCCAACGGAGACCUGAGGAGGGAGAUGGUGUAUGCUCCUCAGGAUUCUCCACCAAAUCGCCGCCUCAGCAACCCGCCCAUGUCCUCCCAGCAUUCAUCCUCCUCCGCCUCACCCCAGGGCUCACCGUCUCGUGCCCGACUCCUCUACAGUGGAGGCAGACCCUCUUCCUAUGCUGGGCCACCCCACCACACCCACUCCCUGCCUCACCCAGCCUCCCAGUCCCACCACUCUUCUCCCCACCAGCAACCACAGCUCCAUCAGCCCCACCACGCCCAGCCGGCCUUCUGUGCCUCCUCCAGCGCCAUCCUGGAGCGCAGGGACGUGAAGCCUGAUGAUGAAGUGGGGGGAUCCAGGAGCAUGGUGCUGCUGCGGGGCGACGAGCGUGGGGGAGGGGGGAUCUAUGCAGACCCCUACUCUCUGGGUCCAGAACCAAGUCGUCUGAGUCUGGCAGGAGGUCCUCACUCCCCUCUGCCAGCGCGAGCAGACCCCUAUGGAUCGUUAUACCGCAGAGGAGGAGGAGGGGGAGGAGGGGGAGGAGCUGGAUCAAUGCGGUCUCUCACCUCUUAUACAGCAGCUGCUUUACAAGGAGAGCUAAUGGAAAGUGGUGCCCUCUACAGACCAGGAGGACCACUUUAUAAUGAUGCCUACGCUGCGUCAAUGUUGGCUAUGGGACUACGGGUGCCUCAGCCGUCCUCCCCUCAGAAGAUCCCUGACAUGAGGGAUUCAUACGGGGGCACCAUGCCGGGUCGGGGCUCCCCUGGGAGGCAGAGCUUGAGAAGGGACUCUGUGACCUCAUCAGUGUUCGGGGAUAGUCCCAAAGCCCGGGGCCAGGGCCCAGGGUUAGGAUUGACGUCAGAACAGCUCUGCUUGAUGGCUGGACCUGGAGGAGUAGAGGGAGGAGGCGCCGGAGGGUUUGGAUCACCUCUAAUGGGGAACGAAACAGAGACAAGGGAGCGUAUGGAGGCCAUGGAGAAGCAGAUAGCGAGCCUGACGGGACUGCUGCAGAGAGUGCUGAGCAGAGCGCCUGAGGCAGAAAGCCCGGAGAAGAUUGAGUCAGCCAGUGACUGCUCAGGAACUGACACACUGACUCCGUCUGCUCCUUUGGCCCUGAUGCCCCCUCCACCCUCAGGGGCCAACCAGCCUGUGACAGUGUCCCGUCUGCAGAUGCAGCUCCACCUACAAGGCCUGCAGCAGAACACCAACGCUCUGCGCAAGCAGCUGUCACAGCUACGCAACAUGCAGCUGGAGAACCAGGACUCGGUCUUGUCCCUGCUGAAGCAGACAGAGUCAGAGCUGAGCCUCAUGAUGCUAGAUGCCAUGCGUACACAGGAGGACCCACUCCAGAGACAGCGCCUCCUAGUGGAGGAGGAGAGACUCAAAUACCUGAACCAGGAGGAGCUGCUCAUCCAGCAGCUGCAUGACCUGGAGAAGUCGGUGGAGGAGCUGCAGAGGAAUUCGUCAGUGAACCAUGGCCUGGUGACGGAGCAGGAUGUGGAGCAGAAGAGCAAAGAGCUGAGGAAGCUGGGAGAGACGCUCACUGAGCUCAAGAACCAGUUUCCCAGCCUGCAGAGCAAGAUGCGGGUGGUGCUGAGGGUGGAGGUAGAGGCUGUGAAGUUUCUGAAAGAGGAGCCACACCGCCUGGAUGCCCUGCUGAAGCGCUGCAACACCAUGACAGAUGCGCUCAGCACGUUGCGCAGACAAGUCACAGAAGGAGUAUGGAAGGGCCCUGAGGACCUCUCCAGCCAAUCACAGAAGAGAUCUGAAGACAUGAGUCGCAGCUCGGACCUGGACAUCCUGAACAGUCCUCCUCUGAGUCUCACAGACUUGAGCACGAGUGCCGGUCUUGCCAACUGGAUGCCCGUUAAUGCCGGAGAAACAGACACAUCAGGCCCUGAACAGGACAUCCAGCCCUCCAUGACCUUCAGAAACCGGGUCCUAGAUGAACUACCAAGUCGGCGUCCUGCUGAUAAAUCUGUUUCUGCUGAAGUCAGACUGGCUGCAGAGCGUGACUGGGAGGAGAAGCGUGCCAGUUUGACCCAGUUCAGUGCCCAGGACAUCAACCGGCUGCUGGAGGAGACCCAGGCCGAGCUGAUGAAGGCCAUCCCAGACCUUGACUUCGCUGCCAGGCACAUCAACAAACCUGCCGUGCCUCCCAAGCCCCAGAUCACCAUCCCAAUAACCUCCACUACAGCUACGUCCUCUGCAGCCGGAACCACUGGGACCACAGCCACCACCACCACAACCAACACAUCCAGUGGGGAACCGCAGCCUGGGAAAGUGCAGCUCGCUGCUCAGAAGCUGAACAGUAUGGAGGGUGCUGGGUCACCUCGAGGGUCAGUGGAUCUAAAUGUGGCCCGUUAUCGUACAGAAAAACCCUCCAAGUCUCCGCCUCCUCCUCCACCACGUCGGAGCUUCCCGUCUGCGCACGGCCUCACCACCAACCGCACCGGAGAGGUCAUCGUAACCAACAAGAACCUGAAGAUGGAAGAAGACGGCGACCUUCCUAAAACUCUGGUGAAGCUGAGGCGGACCCCGUCAGACACUCCCCGACCCGCCUCCACCCCACCUGUGAUUGCUGCGUCGGCCAUCCAGGACGAGGACGACGAGGAGAAGAUCAUCGCUGAGCUCGAGAUAUUUCAGAGGACGCCUGUAAAAGUUAAAAAACGGUCCAGCUCCUUACCAAAGACCACAUCUACUCCUCCCUGCACACUUGGGUCUUUGGGCAGAAAGAAUAGCACCAACUCUCCAGGGCCGGUGAAGGGCCCCACCGUCGCAGCCAGACUCAAGCACCUUCAGCAAGGAAGCCUGGAGAGGCCAAAAACCCGCAAACAGAAAGAGGAUUUCCCCAAAGUCCAGGGCCAGCAGCAGGUAUUCCACUUCUAAAAGCUCCACCUCUGACGCUGCGUCUGCCUCUGACUUUCCUCUCUGCAGUCACCUCUGACGAAGCUUUCCUGCAACUUCUGCGAUAUCAGAAAAACUGCGCAGGCCGAAGCAGCAGACAAUGAGAUAACACAAAAACCAGAGGGGGAUCUAUCUACAGAAACCGUGAUUUUUACCAGUUCUUGAUGUGUGUUUUGACAUUUAAGUUACUGGAUCUAACCUAGCCUGCGUAGAGAUCAAGUUUUUGUCGUACGAGUAUGUCGAUGUUUUGAUUUCCUGACGAAGGUCUUUGGUGGUGCUUGUGACUGAUCAAACUAGCUUUACUAUACUAGUCACAUAGAUUCAAAAACAUCCACUGCCUCCAUAAUUUCAGCAAAGCCACGGAAUUAUUUCAUAUCUCAGCGUCAGAUUAAUGAAAUUUCACCAUGAUCCAGCCUUUUUUUUCUCUCACUGAGCCCUCAUCUCUCGCUCUUUUCAUGCGGAAAUUAUUCACACUGCUGCUUUUUAUUUUUAUUGCCCAUUCUUUAAAUCUCAAGGUUAGCAGACAGUGCUGCUGCAGAGAAAGUGUUUUAAUAUGUUUGUGAGGCUGGCACUGAGCAGCCAAGAGGUCCUCAUUCCAGCCAAGAGGCCAAUCCAUUAAGCAAGCUUACUCAGAAUUGCCUUUUAACAGCUCUAAAUGCUACAAAUUAUUAUGCAAGAUGACAAGAGAGAAGCACAAGGUGUAAGGUUAGCUGGAAAAGCUGUUUUUAUAGACAAGCUUUUUAGUUUAACGAGUGCAUUAAAGAUAAUUAUAGAAAGUAAAAGAGGGAAAGACGACAGUGGGAGGUAAGCAAGACUGACAGAGCACAUACAGAGAGGUGAGAGAAAUUUAAAGGUUUUAAUCUAAUGAGCAACUGCACAACAUUAUUUUAAACCCCCACUGCUGUCUGGCAUUUCAAAAGCUUUAAGAUCAGGUUUUUCUGUAUUUGUCCUGCAACUACUGGAAUAUUUUUGAGUUCCUGCUACAAAAGGAACCAGAGAAGUAGAGGAGCCCUUAAUGAUGCCGAGUGCCAAGGGUAGUUGGGAUGCAUAAUGCAAAAUCUAAAGCCAGUCCAACAGCUCAUAAAUGUAGAGGAUAAUCAAAACACAAGCAUGUCAAUGAAACUUAUUUGUGCACAUCGUCUUCCUAGCUUCAUUUUUAUCAUUUAAUUAUGCACAGAUUUGGCUGUUUAACAUCAGUAUCAGCCCACAAACAUCAGCCAUCAGCAAAUUAUGUGGCAUGAACUAAUGUUGGUAGCCAAUGUUUAUCAGCUGUGUUCAGUCAGUUUAAAGCAGUAACCUCACUGCUGAAUCAAAUAAGAGAGGAAGUAACCGUUGGACAAACUGUGAUCAUUUUUCAUGGUCAAACAUGAGACAAAAUGUUGGUACUUUGUGAAUCUUGCACCAAAUUAAGUGCUGAAAAGUCACUGAAAUGGAUAGUUAGCUUAAUUAUUAUUUAAACAUUGUGUCGGGCCUUAUUUCACAAUCAGUGCAUCAAAAAUGAGAUAAAACCACAGUUCACCUGCUGCAAAAUACCAGUUUAAUACAUUUUUUGUGCCUUUAAUAGUGUGUGAAAGCAAUCCCACUUCUCUUGUUUUUGUAUAUUGCCUGACUCAACAUGAGAAUGGCAUAGAAAGGAUCAUCACCUUCAGUACAACUGUUGAUAUCAAAUUUGCAAUAUUGGUCCAGAAAUCACAAUUAGAUAUAUUUCCAGAAUCAUCCUUCCCUAUUUUAAUCUAUCUACUAUUGUGCUGAUUAUGAUCUAGAAGGAUUUAUUGCUUGUCUUUGUUAAAAAAAUACACAAGAGUAGGAACCUAUAAAUAAUUGCAUAUUAAAUGGUUAUUGCAAUUUUUUUUAAAUAAUCACAAUUUGGUUAUUUAUACCAAAUCAUUUAGCCCUACUUAUAGCACAACAAGAACACACUGACCAAGACCUACUGCUUCUGAUUCGUGUUCAGGUUGAAUUUUUAUUAGAUUUUUUUUAUAAAAUCAACAUGAAAAAAACCUGGAGAAGGAUGCAUUCACUCAAGGUGAUCCGUACUGUGCUCAAGCGUGUUGGAUGGCUAGACUCUGUUUAUCUAGUGUGAAUGCUCCUCACAGUGCUUAACCUCAGCACUCUUCCUGGGUCCUGGUACAGAUGGAAGAGCUUAUCAUCGACAUGUAAGGGCUACUCAUGCACCAGAUAAAGCAAUGGUCCUUAACAUGUACAUGACAUACAAUUGACAUAUAUCCCUCAGUUCUAGCUGGCUAAAAUGACUCAAAAGAAGUCAGAAAGGUAGAAAAGCUGCAGUCAUGUUUUCUGAUUUUUCUUGCAAGCUUCAGGACAUGCCUUCUUUUAUGAAGCCAUGCUUGUGUUGUUUGGCGUAUCAUUAUGUUUGCACAAGAAGGAUGGGGCUCUGUUAGUGCAGGUUAGCAGGGUGCUAGAGAGAGGGGUCAGUCCUGCUUGGUAUGGGGCAACUGGGCCUUGUGUGAGUGCAGGAAUGAAAAAUAUAAAUAUGUAGAGAGACCAAAAAAAUAAACAAUAAAAUAAAAAAUAGAAUCAUGCCCCAUGUUACAAUAGUAUCUCAGUCUAAUUUUUCUUGUGUGUGGCAUUGCAACAAGUAGCCUUUUGUCACAUCAUGACAGUGCAGAUAGGCAAAGAACUAAAUUAUGUAUUUUUAUUUUACUUUAUUUUGUUUUUUUGUCAUUAAUGGACAGCUGAGAGACAGGAAAUAUGAGGAGAGAGAGUGAGGCAAGACAUGCACUGAAGAGUGACAGGAUGGGGAUUCGAACAUGUGACCAGUGCAAAGAGGACUGACGCUUCCUUGAACGGGCGCUUAAUUAGUUAACAUAUGCAAGUUAAGGCUCUUAUGUU